GGUUGGGAGAAUCGACGGGAAGAGCUGCACGGUGGUGGUGGUAGUAGUAGUAGUAGUAGUGAACGGGGGCUUCUUGGAUUCCCGGGCAGGUUGUGCGUGGCUGAGCAAGCGGAGGCAGGGAUUCCCUCUGGCUGGACGAGCCCUAUUUAAUUUGACACCUGAAAACUGGAUGUUUUGACUCCAAGGGGGAGAGUGGUGCAGGCUUUCAAGUGGCUCCCAUCACAUGCCCUGGUGGUCCAUAGUCAGCACUCUGCAUCAUGUCAACUGGGAGGGUCCGAACAAAGAAAAAAACACCAAGUGUGGACCAGUCUCCUGAUAAUCUUCCUUUGAGGAGUUCAGGAAGACAGGUGAGGAAGAAGGCUGCAGAGACUGCUGAGGAUGACGAUGACACAUCAGAGAAGAAGUAUCGGAAGUGUGAAAAAGCAGGAUGUACUGCAACAUGUCCAGUUUGCUUUGCUAGUGCUGCGGAAAGGUGUGCUAAAAAUGGCUAUACAUCAAGAUGGUAUCAUCUUUCCUGUGGGGAACAUUUCUGUAAUGAGUGCUUUGAUCAUUACUACAGAAGUCAUAAAGAUGGCUAUGAAAAAUACACUGCCUGGAAAAGGAUUUGGACCAGUAACGGAAAAAGUGAACCCAGUCCUAAAGCUUUUAUGGCUGAUCAACAGCUCCCUUACUGGGUCCAGUGCACAAAGCCAGAGUGUGGAAAAUGGCGUCAGCUGACAAAGGAAAUCCAGCUUACCUCACAAAUAGCCAAAACAUACCGCUGUGGCAUGAAACUGAACAAUUCCAUCAAGGUGGAAGGCUCAGACCAGUGCUCCAUGCCUGAGGAUCUGAGAGUUGCUGAAGUUUCGGAUCACUGGUGGUAUUCCAUGCUCAUCCUCCCUCCUUUGCUGAAAGACAGUGUGGCUGCUCCUUUGCUGUCUGCAUAUUACCCGGACUGCGUGGGCAUGAGUCCAUCUUGUACCAGUACUCACCGGCUGCUUGGCGAAUCCACCGCGGUAAAAAUGGAGCAUUUAAAGACUCUGCCUACUAUAGCUGGGAUGAACAAGUACUUUCAGCCUUUCUAUCAGCCCAAUGAAUGUGGUAAAGCACUGUGUGUAAGACCAGAUGUGAUGGAACUAGAUGAACUCUAUGAGUUUCCAGAAUAUUCGCGAGACCCCACAAUGUACCUAGCAUUGAGAAACCUCAUUCUAGCUCUGUGGUAUACAAACUGCAAAGAACCUCUAACCCCUCAGAAAUGUACUCAUCACAUCAUUGUUCGAGGUCUUGUGCGCAUCCGCUGUGUGCGGGAAACUGAGCGGAUACUUCAUUUUAUGACCAGGAAAGGUCUCAUUAAUACAGGGGUUUUGUCGGUUAACCGGGAUCAGUUUCUUCUUCCCAAAGAGUACCACAAUAAAUCUGUAAUUGUGGUUGGGGCUGGUCCAGCAGGAUUAGCAGCUGCAAGGCAACUUCAAAACUUCGGAAUUAAGGUUCUCGUGCUUGAAGCGAAAGACAGAAUUGGCGGGCGAGUGUGGGAUGAUAAGACUUUCAGGGGGCUCACUGUGGGAAAAGGGGCACAGAUUGUUAACGGCUGUGUCAACAAUCCAGUGGCACUAAUGUGUGAGCAACUGGGCAUUAAAAUGCAUAAAAUUGGAGAGAAGUGCGACUUGAUCCAGGAAGGUGGAAGGAUAACUGAUCCUACAAUAGAUAAGCGCAUGGAUUUCCAUUUCAAUUCUAUCCUUGAUGUUGUAGCAGAUUGGCGAAAAGAUAAAAAUCAACAUCAUGAUAUUCCUCUUGGAGAUAAAAUCCAGGAGAUCUACAAAGUUUUUAUUAAGGAAUCUGGUAUCCAGUUCAGUGAACUGGAGGAAAAAGUCCUUCAGUUCCAUGUCAGUAAUCUUGAAUAUGCCUGCGGCAGCAACCUCCAUGAGGUUUCUGCCCGCUCUUGGGAUCACAAUGAAUUUUUUGCUCAGUUUGCUGGUGAUCACACACUGCUUAGCUCAGGGUACUCUGCUAUAAUUGAGAAAAUGGCAGAAGGCCUGGACAUCCGGUUAAAGGUUCCAAUCCGUAGUAUUGAUUAUUCAGGGGAAGAGGUCCAAGUGACUGCAACAGACGGAACUCUCUGGACAGCACAAAAGGUUUUAGUGGCCGUACCUCUGGCUAUACUACAGAAAGGUGCCAUCCAGUUUAAUCCAUCCUUGUCAGAGAGAAAAACGAAAGCUAUCAAUAGUUUAGGAGCAGGAGUCAUUGAAAAGAUUGCACUACAGUUUCCUUACAGAUUCUGGGACAGCAAAAUUCAGGGAGCUGAUUAUUUUGGCCAUGUUCCACCUAGUUCCAACAAACGUGGACUCUUCAGUGUUUUCUAUGACAUGGAUCCACAGCGGAAGUGUAGUGUUCUAAUGUCUGUAGUCACUGGUGAUGCUGUUAAAACUAUUAAAAACUUAGAAGACAAACAAGUGCUACAGCAGUGCAUGAUUGUACUCCGUGAGCUGUUUAAGGAACAGGAAGUGCCAGACCCGGUUAAGUACUUUGUUACACGAUGGAACAAGGACCCUUGGAUCCAAAUGGCAUAUACUUUUGUAAAGACAGGGGGCAGUGGUGAAGCUUAUGACAUCCUUGCCGAAGACAUACAAGGAAAAAUCUUCUUUGCUGGCGAGGCCACAAACAGACACUUUCCACAGACAGUCACAGGAGCUUACUUGAGCGGCGUUCGAGAAGCAAGCAAAAUAGCAGCAUGUUGAACCCUAAACUACUGUUUACAGAACUUUCUUUUGUUCUUUACAACAACUUCCUUCAGUUUAAACCAACUUUCAGGGUUAGUAUCAUUGCUCCAAGUGGUGCUUACGUCUGUGGUACUUAAAGAGACAAUCUUCACCUCCAUUUUUUGUUCCAGUUUUUUUCAUUCUUUAAUACCCGAGGAAGUAACGAUGUUGAAGUUUUAUUAGCAUAGCAUGCUAAGGUAGUAAUUAUUUAUAAGCAAUGCCACUGGACAGAUGAAAACAUUAGUGUUUAAACUUCCCUUUUGCAGACCAUUUGAGUAAUUAUUAUGUAAGGCUGGAAUGUACAGUACUUAAAAUUUUUGGUAGGUAGACUGUUAAAUAGCUCAUAUGUGGUCAAAUGGUACAUCAACAAGAAAGACAGCAGGUGUCUCCAAUCAUGUUUUGAAGAAAGGUAUGUUAUUUUAAAUUAAACUGCUGAAGAUGCUCUUAAAUACAAUCAUAGGGUUUAUUGGUGGUGUCCUGUUUUUUAAAAAACAAAAUAUAUAUAAAACAUUCCCUUAUAAACUUUCAUUAUUUACAUACAGGAAGCACCAUAAAAGCAUCUGUUGUGUGUAUACUAGGAUGACACUUGGCAUUUGCUGAUAAUGUAAAUGUUGAUUUUGUGUCCAUUUCCUUUUCAUGCAGUGGAAUUUCUAAAUCAUAGAAGCUGUAUAAGUGUAAUCAUUUAUACACGUAUAAUAGUGACAGUAUGGUGAAGGUCUGGCAGUUGAAUGAGCCAUUCACUUUUUUUGUUUGUUCAUUUAAAAAUGAGGUAAAAUUGUUGCUUUUUAUGAAGGGUUAAAAUAUGGCAUCAUCCAGACAUAGUGAAGCAUUGAUGGGAGAUAUUUAUCUCUUUCGCUGAAAUCAGUGGGACUUGAAAGUACUUAAAAAUGGCUGGAUUGUACCUAUAGUUGUGAAACAUUUUACCUGUGGUCAAAAAGUCUGCUGAAGAAAAGCAGUUUGUAUUCUAAUUAAGCAGUAUCUAAGUAAUUAAGAGUUUUACAUGGUUGAAGUUAUUCAGGUAUGUACAUAGCUCUUUUAUCAGCUAAGUUUUGUUUUUUCUUUUGAAAAAUAAUGGGAAGUAAUGACAGUAAUAUAGCAGCAUUGGCAGCCAUUUUUCUGUUACUUUCCAAAGAACCUUGAGAAAAUGUGUGAUUGAAAAAUGUUGUUCAUCUUUUAUGUUUUGAUAGCAGAAUGCCGAUAUGUAAAGGUUUUGAAAGAUGGAAAGCCCUGAAUUGUCUUUCGGUUUAUACGAUCACUGUAGAGGACGGAUUGAAAAGUGGUCAUCAGUUAAGAAAUUAUCUGGGUUUACUUUAUAGCUGAACUGCUGUUAUUUUACUA